CGAUAAAGUGAUGGUUCUGAAAUAAAAAUAUUGUCAUUUGAUUUUAGAGAUGGGAGGAUUAUUUUCUAAAGAAAAGAAGUCAAAACCAACAGAAUCAAAGGUUACAGAACAAGAUAAAGCCAUUCUGCAACUCAAACAGCAACGAGACAAACUAAAACAGUAUCAGAAGAAAAUUGUGGUUCAGAUUGAGAAAGACAGAGAAGUUGCCAAAUCAUUGCUUAAAGAUGGCAAAAAAGACAAGGCCAAACUUAUGCUAAGGAAAAAGAAGUUCCAGGAGUCAUUGAUUGAAAAGACAGAUGGACAGCUAGAGAACAUAGAACGAAUGGUUCAUGAUAUAGAAUUUGCUCAAAUCGAAAGCCAGGUUGUCCAGGGUCUGAAAGUUGGUAAUGAUUCUUUGAAAAAGUUGCAUGAGAUUUUGUCACUUGAAGAUGUGGAGAAAAUUAUGGAUGAUACAAGAGAAUCUAUUGAUUAUCAGCGAGAGAUAGAUGACUUAUUAUCAGGUGGCCUAACAACACAAGAUGAAGAGGAUGUUCUUGCAGAGCUAGAUGAGAUUGUCAAGGUGGAUUUACCUGAAGUACCUACUGAUGAACUUCCUGAAAUAGAGGAGCGAAAACGCAAAGAAAAGUCCCAGAGAGAUCGACAGCAAGCGGAAGCCAUGAUGGCAUCUUGAUGUUGGUCAGAAUAAAAACCUUAGAUCAUCAGUGAACUCUGUGAUAAACACAUCUGACAAUAUACAUAAUUUGUAUCAAUAUAACAUACUUUAAAUUACCUUUUUUAUUUACUCCAAAUUGACAUUGUAUUAGUUAUGGUAGCAUAAUGUGUUUUUUUUCCCCUCAAUUCUGUGGAGGAUGUUUCAAAUUUUAAUGGUUCCAUAAUAUAUAUAUGGUUCUGUAAUAUAUAAUAUUGAAGCCACUUUAUAUUAUUUUGAGAGAAAAAAAGGUCCUCUAGAAAAAUAUGUUACUAGAUGCUGCAUCUUGCAACAUGAUAGACAAAAUUGUAUCAGAUUAAGUGUUUAGUUAUUAUGAGUACUACUUUGUAUACCUGUAUUUGUCAUUUUAAGUGAUGAGUUUCUGUAUACUAGUGGUUAAUUGAUUCCAUAUGUUUAUACACUUCUUUCUAAAUGAACAAUUGUGGGCAAAAUUGAUAUACACUUCUUUCUAAAUGAACAAUCGUGGGCAAAAUUGAUAUACACUUCUUUCUAAAUGAACAGUCGUGGGCAAAAUUGAUAUACACUUCUUUCUAAAUAAACAAUAGUGGGCAAAUUUGAUUGCACACACUCUUUUA